AUGUCUGAUGAAGAGCAAGGUACGAGUUCAACAGAAGCUGCGACUCGCAUGUUGACUGCAGAGUAUAAAGAUGGUCAACUGGAAAUUGUAGAAGUUACACCAUAUGAUAAAGAUGACAAGAUACAAAAUAUUGAAGGACACAUAAUAUCGGAUGACUCGGACGGCCACGGGGAAGUGAAGUAUAUGCAAGUGUUGGACGGGAAGAAUGUUGUGGUCGACCUGCUCAACUUGACUUUGGUCAGAUGCGAAGAUGGUCAAGAAUCAUACAGAUUGGUGGGGGAAGAUGGAGACGACACAACUGUCACAUGUGUCUUGUCCAACGAUGAUGGGGAUGAUCAGGACAGUCAAGACAACCAAGAGUCUUAUGUGGUGAUAGAAGGGGACCAGGGCGAGCCAGUGGUGUUCCUGCAGUCCGCCCUGCAGCAGGCACAUCAGAGCAAGACUGAAGUUAAGGAGAAAAAGCAGGCCAUGACACCUGCGGAAAUAUUGGAAAAAGCGAAAGCGAUACAGAAAGCAAAAGCGCUAUGCAAUCCUCGCAACAGCUUCACAUCCGGCUCAUCCCAGAGAGGGCGCAAGCGACGCAGCACCCUCCCGCCGCCCCACGAGCUACUCGCCUCUCCCCAGUUCAAGCUGUUCCUCUACUCCUGCAAGCUGUGCCCCUUCAAGUGUAAUGCCAUCAAGGAGCUCACCGCUCAUAAGUCGGCGGAGCACAGCGGCGGCGCGGGGCGCUGGCGCGGUGCGGGGCGCGCGGCCGCCAUUACGCUGCAGUGCGCGCGCUGCCCCUACCGCGGCUCCACGCACAAUCAGCUAAUGAAACACGUUAAGGAGAAACAUGUCGAGACCUUGUCUAGCACCAAGGUUUACCUGGACAGCGAUGAGGCUGCCACCGCGGACGUGCUCGUCUGCGGCGCAUGCGGGUUCGAGGCCACCGAGCGCGAAGCCUUCCGCGCGCACGUGCUCAGCGAUCACGCUGCG